GCCGGAGCCUGUGAGCCCGCGAGCCAGCGAGCUGCGGCCGCGGCCUCCACUGCUCGCGGUGACCCCGGCGUCCCGGUCCGCGGCCCCGCAGAUCCCGGGGCCCGCGCCCCCCCGGGGCAGGGAUGCAUCAUGGCCACGCUGGCUUGCCGGGUGCAGUUCUUGGACGAUACAGACCCUUUCAACAGCACCAACUUCCCCGAGCCCAGCCGGCCGCCGCUGUUCACGUUCCGCGAGGACCUCGCGCUCGGUACCCAGCUGGCCGGGGUCCACCGGCUGCUGCGGGCGCCACACAAGCUGGAUGACUGCACGCUGCAGCUCUCCCACAACGGCACCUACCUGGACUUGGAGGCCACCCUGGCCGAGCAACGGGACGAGCUAGAAGGCUUCCAGGAUGACGCUGGGCGGGGCAAGAAGCACAGCAUCAUCCUAAGGACACAGCUGUCCGUGAGGGUCCAUGCCUGCAUCGAAAAACUGUACAACUCCAGUGGACGAGAUUUACGAAGGGCCCUUUUCUCCCUGAAGCAGAUAUUUCAGGAUGACAAGGAUUUGGUGCAUGAAUUUGUAGUGGCUGAAGGUCUGACGUGUUUGAUCAAGGUGGGAGCUGAGGCAGAUCAAAACUAUCAGAACUACAUUCUGAGGGCUUUGGGCCAGAUUAUGUUGUAUGUGGAUGGGAUGAAUGGAGUAAUAAACCACAAUGAAACCAUUCAGUGGCUGUACACGCUCAUUGGGUCAAAGUUCCGCCUGGUGGUGAAGACAGCCCUGAAGCUGCUGCUGGUCUUUGUGGAGUACUCGGAGUCCAAUGCACCUCUUCUGAUUCAGGCCGUCUCUGCUGUGGACACAAAAAGGGGAGUCAAACCUUGGUCAAAUAUCAUGGAAAUUCUGGAGGAAAAGGAUGGGGUCGACACGGAGUUGCUGGUUUAUGCAAUGACUUUAGUGAACAAGACCUUGUCAGGAUUGCCAGACCAAGACACAUUCUACGACGUGGUGGACUGCCUGGAGGAGCUGGGCAUUGCAGCUGUGUCCCAGCGGCACUUGACCAAGAAAGGGACUGACCUGGACUUAGUGGAGCAAUUGAACAUCUAUGAGGUGGCACUCAGGCUCGAGGAUGGCGACGAGACGGCUGAACCACCCCCCAGCGGGUGCCGGGACCGGAGGAGGGCCAGCGUGUGUUCCGGCGCGAGCGGCGAGCACCAGGGCCUGGACCGCAGGCGGAGCCGCAGGCACUCGGUGCAGAGCAUCAAGAGUCCUCUGUCGCCUCCGUCCAGCCCCUGCUCCCCGUUGGCUCCUGACUUCAAGGCCAGUCAAGUGCGAGAUCUCCGUGAAAAGGUUGAGGAGGAGGAGGAGGAGGAGGAAGAGGAGCAGCCAGUCACGGAGCCCAAUUCAGAGGAAGAGAAAGAUGACGAUGCCCCCUGUCCGGGCAAGGACAGGUACCGAGGCCCUGCCUCAGAGCAGGUCCCCACCGGAAAGGAUGCUGCGCCCGAGAGUCCGGCCCUCCCCGCGGCCUCCAGUGCCUCCUCACCGGGAAAGCAGCUCCCGGCCGGCAGUGCAGCGGGGACCGCCUUGCGCGGAGGGUCCUCAGGGCCUGCGCUGCGCGCGCCCUCCACGCCCUCCCCGGCUUCUCAGCCCUUCCGCGCCGCACCCGGCCCCGCGAAGGCGUCACCGACCGUAGAAAAGCUGCCCUAUGUGCUUCACAGCCCCUUCCACCUCUUCUCCUAUGACUUUGAGGAUUCGCCCUUGUCCACCAAGGAAAAGGAAGCCGAAUCCCAGCAGGAAAGCAGUUCCUCUGAUUCUCUCCAUCCGAGCACGUAUUCUGCCUCCGAGCCUUACAACUUCCGGUUUUUCUCUUCCAAUAGAUACAGCAACUUUGGCAACAACUCUCAUCACUCCUCGAGACCUUCGUCUGGAUCCAAUGUGACCAUCACCCUCACGUCACCUCUUUCACCUCCACAGGAGGCCGGGCUGGAAAGGUCAUCACUGAGUGGUCUUCUCACGUCAUCCUUUAGGCAGCACCAAGAGUCCUUGGCGGCAGAGAGAGAGAGGCGGCGACAGGAGAGAGAAGAAAGGUUGCAGAGAAUAGAACGGGAGGAAAGAAACAAAUUCAGCCGAGAAUAUUUAGACAAAAGAGAAGAGCAAAGACAAGCAAGAGAAGAAAGAUACAAAUACUUGGAGCAGUUGGCAGCUGAGGCGCAUGAGAAGGAACUGAGAAGCCGGAGUGUGAGCCGGGGCAGAGCUGACCUCUCCUUGGACCUGACCUCACCCGCAGCCCCUGCCUCACCCACCCCCCUGAGCCGUUGCCCUUCAUCUCUAGACUCGCAAGAGGCUCUCACGGUAUCAUCUUCCUCCCCAGGAACAGUUCAGCAUCCCCAAGCGAGCACCGGGGAUCCUGAGCCCGAACCAGAGGCAGAAGCAGAGGCGGAGGCAGAGGUGGGACGGGUGGCCGAUGAGGCCAGCCGGGAACUAGCCCCUGCGCACGCAGCAGCAGAGAGCGAGGUGGGGCGGGCCCUGGAGCCAGAGCCUGAAGAGCGAGCCUCCCUGAGCGAGAAGGAACAGCAGAACGAGGCAGUGAACGAGCGGGACAACUGCUCGGCCUCCAGCGUCUCGUCCUCCAGCAGCACGUUGGAGAGGGAAGACAAGGAGGACAAGCUCUCUCGGGACAGGGGGACCGGUUUGUGGUCUGCGGGUGUUCAGGAUGCCGGUGUAAAUGAGCAGUGUGGCGACAUCCUUACCAGCAAACGGUUCAUGCUGGACAUGCUGUAUGCCCAUAACAGAAAGCCCACGGAUGAUGAGGAGCAGGGGGAGGGCGAGACCACGAGGACCGCGCAGGGGGCGGAGGCCGUAGCCAGCCUGGCCAGCCGGAUAUCCACCCUGCAGGCCAACUCUCUGGCCCAGGAUGAGAGCGUCAGGAGGGUGGAUGUUGGCUGUCUGGACAAUCGGGGCAGCGUGAAAGCCUUCGCUGAGAAAUUCAACAGCGGGGACCUAGGGAGAGGGUCCAUCUCCCCUGACGCCGAGCCCGAUGACAAGGUCACAGAGAAGGUGUCGGCACAGCCCAAGACAGAAUCUGACUACAUCUGGGACCAGCUCAUGGCCAAUCCGCGGGAGCUCAGAAUCCAAGACAUGGAUUUCACUGACCUGGGGGAGGAGGACGACAUCGAUGUCCUGGACGUGGACCUGGGUCACAGGGAGGCCCCGGGGCCGCCUCCCCCUCCCCCGCCCACCUUUCUAGGUUUGCCGCCCCCUCCCCCUCCGCCCCUGCUGGACGGCGUGCCUCCCCCUCCAGUCCCCGGUAAUUUAUUGGCUCCUCCUCCAGUAUUCAGUGCUCCUCAGGGCUUAGGGUGGCCCCAGGUACCCAGGGGUCAGCCAGCAUUCACCAAGAAAAAGAAGACCAUCCGUCUGUUCUGGAAUGAAGUGCGGCCUUUUGAGUGGCCGUGUAAGAACAAUGGCCGCUGCAGAGAAUUCCUGUGGUCGAAACUGGAACCUAUUAAGGUGGACACUUCCAAGCUGGAGCACCUGUUUGAGUCUAAAUCGAAGGAACUGGCCGUCUCCAAGAAAACUGCUGCAGAUGGAAAAAAGCAGGAGAUCAUCGUCCUGGAUUCCAAGAGGAGCAAUGCUAUUAAUAUUGGUCUGACGGUACUGCCCCCUCCAAGAACGAUUAAGAUAGCCAUUUUGAAUUUUGAUGAAUAUGCCUUAAACAAAGAAGGGAUUGAGAAAAUUCUAACCAUGAUUCCCACCGAAGAAGAGAAGCAGAAAAUCCAGGAAGCGCAGCUGGCCAACCCUGAGGUGCCCCUGGGCAGUGCAGAGCAGUUCCUCCUUACACUCUGCUCCAUCAGCGAACUCUCGGCUCGGCUCCACCUCUGGGCGUUCAAAAUGGAUUAUGAAACUACAGAAAAGGAAGUGGCAGAACCACUUUUGGACCUGAAGGAAGGAAUAGACCAGUUGGAGAACAAUAAAACCUUGGGCUUCAUCCUGUCUACUCUCUUAGCCAUUGGGAACUUUCUAAAUGGAACUAAUGCCAAAGCGUUUGAGUUAAGCUACCUCGAGAAGGUUCCAGAAGUCAAAGACACCGUGCACAAGCAGUCACUUCUCCACCACGUGUGCACCAUGGUGGUGGAAAACUUCCCGGACAGCUCUGAUCUGUACUCAGAGAUUGGGGCCGUCACCAGGUCAGCCAAGGUUGACUUUGAUCAACUUCAGGAUAAUUUAUGUCAGAUGGAGAGACGAUGCAAAGCUUCAUGGGAUCAUCUCAAGGCAAUUGCAAAACAUGAAAUGAAACCAGUUUUAAAACAACGAAUGUCAGAGUUCCUAAAAGACUGUGCAGAGAGAAUUAUAAUUUUAAAGAUUGUCCAUAGAAGAAUAAUUAACAGGUUCCACUCCUUUCUGCUCUUUAUGGGUCACCCACCUUAUGCGAUUCGGGAAGUGAACAUAAACAAGUUCUGCAGGAUCAUCAGUGAGUUUGCACUGGAGUAUCGCACCACCAGGGAAAGAGUUUUGCAGCAGAAACAGAAACGGGCCAACCACAGAGAGAGAAAUAAGACCCGAGGGAAGAUGAUCACUGAUACUGAUGAAGAGGAUGAAGUUGAGUCUGGCAAGUUCUCCAGCGGUUCCCCGGCGCCCCCGAGCCAGCCACAAGGCCUGAGCUAUGCGGAGGACGCUGCCGAGCACGAGAACAUGAAGGCCGUGCUGAAGACCUCGUCCCCUGCCCUGGAGGACGCCACCCCCGUGCUGGGCGUCCGCACACGCAGCCGAGCAAGCCGAGGACCCGCUAGUUCGUGGACUAUGGGAAUGGAUGACUCGCCUAAUGUCACGGAUGAUGCUGCUGAUGAGAUCAUGGACCGCAUCGUCAAGUCGGCCACCCAAGUGCCCAGUCAGCGAGUGGUGCCGCGGGAGAGGAAGCGCUCCCGGGCCAACCGGAAGUCUCUGCGGAGGACCCUGAAGAGUGGCCUGACUCCGGAAGAAGCCAGGGCCCUGGGCCUGGUGGGCACCUCAGAGCUGCAGCUGUGACCCCCUGGUGCCCUAAGGUGGAUGCCCAUGCAGAGUGCAAGCUCCUGCUGGAAGGAACCCCUCCGGUGGGAGGUGAGGAGGCUCUGACACCCAAAGGUUCUGAAAGGGGUGCCCAUGCCUAGGUGUCACCGAGUGACUUGCGUGGCCCGCUGUGCACUGACAUGGAUCUUGGAGUCCCCUUCACAGACUUUCUUCAUCAUGUCAGCUGUGUUUCUCUUGUUUCCUUGACACCUGGCUUAGUAGUUCCAAAGCGUGACACCUUUUCUGUGCAAGGAACAGCCCUUUUAAGGAGCAAAUCACUUCUGUCACAGUUACUAUGGUCAUGAGGCAGUUUGAUUAGGUUCACAGACUGGGUCUCUCCGUAACACCAAAAUAUCCAGAUGUAAACUCCAAAAUUGUACACAAAAGAAAGCACAGAUUGUUUACCAGUUGUGGAUUUUAGAUGUACUAAAUGUUUAUACAAAUUCAGAAAUGUACACCAUGUUUCAAAUACUAAAUAAAUAGAGUUUAAUGCCAUAACCGGAAAUUUUCAUUCUCCUGGUGCAGGACUUUAAACAGCUCCAUAGGCUUGCCUCCUUCUGAAUCAGCAAAGCCUUUUCUCGGGUUCAUCAGAAGGACCCUGGCUUGGAAUGGCCUCCAGGCCCUUUGGGUUUCCUUUUUUUUUUUUUUGUUAAUUGAGUGAGAAGCACUGACAUGUGCUCUUUGUAACUCCAGAUUAAUUAGGCAUCAAUCUUUGUGGCAGUACAAGUUAGCAAUA